CGCGGCGCCACCAACAUGGCUGCAGUGAUGGGGAGGUUGUGUCUGUGGGCGCUGCUGGUCGCCGCCGCUACCGUCACUGCCAGCUCCGGACAUAAACACCUCUCUGACUUCAAACGCUGCCUGGACGAGGAAUGCAGCUUGCUGAUGUGCCGUGGUAAAGCUGUGAGGAAUUUCGUGGGUCCCGACUGCCGCUUCCUCAAGUUCAAAACGGGGGAAACCAUUUACGUUUAUUAUAAGUUGGCAGGGAAGAGGAAUGACCUUUGGGCGGGAAGUGUGGGGAGCCAGUUUGGAUAUUUUCCCAAAGAGCUGAUUGAUAUAAACCUAGUGUACUCGACUACUGAGGUGGAGUUGCCAGCUGAGGACACGGAUUUUGGUUGUUUCGAGGAAGGCCGAGAAGAGUUUGAUGACGUGGAUCUUGAUGACCAGGUCAGAGCCGCAGGGUCAAGUGAAGACAAGAGCAGAGAGCGUGUCGUAGAAAAGGGCACAGGUCCGAGAGAGAAGAGGGAGGAUGAUACGGGCCAAGGUGCUCCAGAUGAUGAGUUAGGGAAGACUUCGACAGUGCCUGGAGAUAAAUCUGGGGACGAUCAAGCAAGCGAAGAGGAAGAUGCAGUUCAGUCUGCAGAGGAGGAAGUCAGUGACUCCCAAACACAGGCUGAAAGCAGAGGAGUUGAAGCUGUAGAUAGUGCACUAAAUAAUGAACAAUCUCUUCAUGUUGAAGAUGAAGAAUCUGCAGAAAAACCUGCUGAUGUGGGUGAUAAUAUUUCUUCUUUGGAAGACCAUUCAACAAGAGAGGAUGGUAGUAGCCACGUUAAAGUGGGCACGCGUUUGGAAUCUAAUUCUCAGGACCCAGAAAGCUCGCCUCCCACAGAGGCAGGGCGUGAAGGGCUACGUCGAGGUAACGGAGACAUUCGAGGGUCAGCGGGGUUGUGGGGUCGACUGGCAGAAAAUCAACUUGAAUCUCAAGAAGGUGAGCUGGAAGCAUAUCAUGAACUUGAAGGCUCUUCAGUAUUAGUAACUGGAUUUGGGUCAACAGAUGAUGCGGUUGUGGUAGAUGACGAAGUGACCAGCAAAGUCACUGCAUUAGAUGAAGAUCCAGAGUUUGAUGCAGAAUUGGAGACGGGAGAUUUGGCCGAGUCUCUUGAGAGAAUACCCUUGCUUUCGUAUUUGGAUACUAAAUCACUCCCUGAACAAGGUGGUGUCCAAGAUGAGGAUGCUGUUGAAGACCAUCAUUCAAAAUCUAGUGAUGGUAACACUAAAACUAUAACUCAAACUCUAGAUACUCCGGAGGCUUCCAUCAGUACAGAAAAAGGACAGUGGUUGGAUGGAGUAACUCAAGAAAUAACUAAAAAUGAGGAAAUACUAACUUCAGAAGAUACAAAAAGGAGAGGGCUAUGGACAACCCUGGGAGACACCAUGUCUGCAGUUGUAAGGGGGGAUGAGAUAACGUCCAAGGUUACAGAUCUGGACAAUUCUGAAGACUUACCUGAAGACACAAGAGAUGUAAGUCGUGAAGCUUAUGAGGAGGAAGAUAGGAUCUAUUUAUUGAGUAUGUCAGAGGAGGAGGCUGAAAAUAAGCUUCUACGUUCAGCCGAUGAAGCAGUUGGAACCGAGGCUGAUGUAGAGGAGGGUUCUCCUGAAUCUGAAGCCGCAGUGCAGGCUCUCGACACAAGUUCAGAAUGGGAAACCAAUCACGACACAGAGAAAGAGGAGGGAGCGGAGCUGGAGCCACUCGAUGCAUCCAAUGUCGAGGGUCAAGAAUCAGGGCAGCACCAAGAAGGUAACUUGCAAACAGAGAGUGCCACCCCCAGAAAGAUGGUGGUUGACGAUGAAUUUGAGAAUGUCCCAGAAGUAGGGGAAAGUAAUCAAGAAAUUGAACUGCAAAGUGACGCUGAGGUUAAAUCAGGGACUGAGAUGAAUCAAUAUCACCCAGAGUUUGACCAGUCAGAACCAGAAACUGGAGUGGACAAAUCAUCCAAGUCUCCUGAACAUGCAUCCUUUGAAAGACCUGGUACUGUAAUUGAAGGGUUGAAAUCAAAAGAUGAAACCAAGGUGGUAACAAGAGAAGGGUUUCCUGCAGAAGACAUCAAUACCACACUUUCACAAGGUGAAGUGAAAGCUGAGGAUGGGAAAAGCUCUUGGAUGAGUGGCACAGACCUAGAUGACCGCAAGAUGCUGAAGCUAGAAGAUGACGUGGGAGAGAAGGACCCGAGAGAGAUAAAACUACCUUCAGAUGGUUCCGUAGACCUGGCUGCCAAUAGUAUUUCAGAACAAGUCCAAGAAGAGGUGGACGAUGUUGACAGUUUGUAUGCACCAUAUGCUGAAGUGCAGCCAGAUCAGCUGUUAGAGGAUGAAAAUGCUGCAGACGCCAGAAUGGCGAGGGAACAUGAUGCCAACGCUAAUCGUGAAGAUGGAUUAGAUGAUCAGGAGUUAGAUAUUGAUGACAUGAUCGUAACAGAAGAAAGUAAUAUCGUGGAGCCAGAGGUUCUACAAGAUGGAGGAGAAGAGGCCGCAAAGGGAUUUAAGGACACUACGGUUGAGGAAGAUCAUGAAGUAGAAAAAGAGGGAGCUCAGAACAUUUACAAACAAGCAGAUCAGAUUGAAAGUCAGAAGGAAUCAGAACAGCCCUCCCUUAGGCCCCUGGAUAAGGAUGGUCUAAGUACAGAGGAUGAAGGCCGGUCUCAGGACUUGAAGCAACUUUCAGGGGAAUUACAUAAAGAAAGCAGCGAGUCCGAUGAGGGUAUGCAAACUGAAGAGAGUGCAGAGGGUGGGGACAGGGGGCCUGAGGCUUACCCGAAGAGUGAAAAUACAUCCAACCCAUCUAAAGUUGAAGGGAACAAGACUGAAGAACUCACGCUAACCAGUAAUGAUAUUGGGAUACAAGACACAAGCAAAAUGUUUGCAGGUCUAAAGUACCAGCAGGCUGUGGAGAAACUUAUCAUUUUGAAAGGCUCCUUGGGUGAAAACAGCUUGGAACUCGUGCUAAAGUAUCUGAGCCAUCAGCAAGUUCUGGAAGUUGAAGCUGCACUUCAGGAUUUGGAAGAGGUACUAAAGCUUGCAAAGUUAUCCACAACCGACAAGCACAUUGAGAAUACUCUUGACGAUAUACUGGAGAAGGCAGAGUCAAACAUCCUUGACAUGGUGGACAAUAUGUUGGACAAGAGAGCUGAAAUGAACCAGUUGAAGACGGAGGAAAAAGAUCUGGAGAAUGAUGAUGAAACAAUGAUCCUGAAUGACCUUCAGGAGGCCAUAUUUCAAUUGAGGAUUAAAUACUCACCUAUCAAGGAGAGCGUUGCUCUUGCCCCUGGAGAAGAUUUGUCGCAGAAACGAAUUCACCCCCACCAUGAUUCAUUGGACCAAGGCAAGCAGGGAGCACCAGAUGGGGAGGAAAAGGAGGAGGAAGAGGAAGUGGAGGAGAAGAAAGAGGAGAAAAAAGACCAGCUGGAAAAAAGUCUGCAUUCUCCGCUUGUAACGAAGAAUGUAUCACAUUCAGGGGGAAAGCAGGAGCCGAGCGCAGUUGAAGGGUCACGGGGAAAUGUGGACUCUACAGAGGCUGCAGCGUCUCAGGAGAGAGAGGAGGUUAAAGAGACUGCAAGGGAAACAUCUUCUCCAGAGAAGGACGGGGAAAAAGAGCUUCCUUCUGUAAGCAGUCCAGAGGGUGGAAUAGGUCGAGCACAGGAGGAGGCUGUGGCAGAACCAGCAACUCCGCGUGUAACACAGAGACGUACCUGGGGAGAGGCUGAGCAAGUGGAGGCACCUCCUCUGAACAUUACAAAGAGGAUGGAAGAGGCUGGGAGAGAGUCUUCUCCAGAGGGAGGUGCUGGACAUGACGAGACAGGACAGAGCAAAGGCAGGGAGCAUGCGAGAGGAACAGGCUCUCCGAUGGUCGGAGAAGGAGCGCAGGAGGAGGAGGUGGUCCGGGGAGGGUCUGUCCUGAAAGCUGAGGACGAGGAGGCGUCGCUGGGAAAGUCGGAGGGGAUGGACGGUGGGGGCGACAGUCCCCCGAGUGAAGAGCAGCAAGAGAUGGGCGAUGUGGGUGAGGCCACAACCGAGGGUGUUGCUGAGAGGGCUCGUCUGGAGGAGGCGAGAGGGUCUCCGGCCUCCCAGGAAAAGAGUCAGUGGUUGCCGUGGGUUAUCUCCGCACUGGAAGGGGUCAUCAUGGCUACCAGCAACACCCUGGGACCGGUUGCUCAUUCCCUCUCCGAAUCCCUUAUGUCCUCUAUGACUGAAGAAAUGAGGCUUGGCCCAGAUUUCCAUGGAGUGCCAUGGGAGCCUAUUUUAAUAACUGCUGCUCUGGGAAUCCUUACUUUCUUUAUCUUUAUAUGGCGAACCUGCCUUUCAGUGAAGAGCAGAAUAUAUCAAAUCUCUGAAAAACAGAUAGCUGAGAAAGUCAAGCAGCUUAUUCAGGAAAAGACGGAGGUUUUGGAGAAAUUGUCCACUUAUGAAAAGAAGUUGGAGGAAGCCAUAAUCCUUAUGGAUGAGGCCCAGAAUGUGAAAUCCACAACUUCUGUUGAGACUAAGAAACUUGAGGCAUCAUGCCGGGAGCUAGAACAGGUGAAUCUUCAUUUGGAGACCCGAGUGAAAAAUCUGCAGGCAUCACUAGAAAAAGAGAAGGAAGAGAAUACAAAACAGCAGACUAUGAUUGUAGAUACUCAAAAAUCUGUGAAAAAAUUGCAGAAGGUUAAUUCAGCUCAUUUAACUGAUCUGUCGCAGGUUCAGGUAGCCCUUUGUGCGACCAAAGCAAAUGAAGAGAAACUGCAAACAGAUCUACAGUCUAUGAUUGAAAAAAAUGCAAGGCUUAAGCAGAGCAAAAGUCAGCUGCUGAAAGAGGCAGAAGGCUGGAGCGAACGACACAGUGAACUUAAUGAGCAAAUUAAGCUCUGCCAGAAAGCACAGAGAGACCUCGAGGAAACCCUGGCUUACAAGAACAAUGAAAUUGAGGUGCUGAGCGACUGUGUGAUGCAGCUUAGGCAGCUCGACACAGAAUGUGACGAUGAAGAUAACGGAUGGGAUAAGGAAGUGGAUGGCGAGGUGGCUAAUGGUGAGCUGCCAGAUAAAAACAAGAAGACAAAGAUGAAGAUACAACAAAUGAUGGAUGUUUCGAGGGUAAAAACUACCUUGAAGAUCAUUGAAGAGGAAAAGGAUCAUUUCCAAGCCAAGCUGACAGAUGAAAUAAAAGCAAGGCGAGAACUGGAGGAGCAAAUUAAACAGCUUGAACACAACUUCGCAGCCAACGCCACAGAAAAGUCGAAGCUUGAGAAUGAAUUUAAAACAAUGCAGCAGAAGUUGGAAAUCCUGUCAGAGCUCUACCACCAGAAGGAGAUGGCCCUGCAGAAGAAGCUGACCCAAGAAGAGUGUCAGCGUCAAGAGAAGGAGCUGAAGCUAACUGUGGCUGAUGAGAAAGCGCUUCAGGCACACAAGGAAGUGAAAAUGUACAAGCAAAGAAUUCAAGAAAUGGAGGAAGAGCUGCAGAAGACUGAGAGAUCGUUCAAGAAUCAGGUUGCUGCGCAUGAGAAGAAAGCUCAUGAAAACUGGCUAAGUGCACGUUCAUCCGAAAGGACACUCACUGAGGAGAAGAGGGAGACGGCAAACCUGAGACAAAAGUUGAUUGAGUUGAACCAGAAGCUCUCCCUAGUUCAAAGACCUUCGAUAAUUAAGCCAACGCCAGGAAGGCCUGACAGGCAGGGUCCUCCAGGAGCACCUCCACCUCUGGGACCAGCACGCAGAGCUCCAGUCUCUCGUGAUGACUCCUAUGGUCCAUCCCCUGUGAGCACUGGGCCUCCUUCACCGCCAGUGAUGCUGGAUCUCCUUGUCCGUCCACCCUCUGUUAAUGCAAGUCGUGGUUUCCCCUGGGAUCGGGGUGACGGAGGCCAUCGAGUUCCUCCGCCUUCCCGUGAGUGGAUCGGACCUGGCACGGACCGCUUAGGGCCAUCGUCUGACCAUGGUUCACCACCCCCUCAGUGGGACCGCAGGCCAGGGCCAAUGGAUGGCUACCCUGGGCCCCAGAGACCAUCUUCGGAACUGGCUGUAAUGUCAGGGCGGAUCUCUGGACCCAGUGAAAUUCGCGGACUUGCACCAGCUAAUAGAGCAGCAGAAAUGGGCCCAGGAGGACCUGGCCAACUGCCCAGCGGACCGAGGACAUCUUCUCCAAACACGACAGAGUCUAUGGCGGUGAAUGCUAAUGCUCCUCAGCUUGUGCCGUCCUUCCCAGGGGCACCUGUAAUGAACUCUCCUCUGGGUGGAAUGCCUCUUGCAGGACCCCGCCAUGGAUUCCCACCUCCCCGAGGCCCCUACGGACCAGUGCCACACAUGCAGAACCAUUUAGUGCGUGUUCCAGCUCUCCGAGAUUACCCCCCGUUCCCACCUCCGGGUCACAGACAGUUCCUUCCUGGACCCUUACCACCACCACCUCACGUUCUAAGAGACUUCCCACCUGGUGCCAGGGAGUAUCCACGUGGACCCAGGGGUCUACCUCGUGGGCCAACGCCACCUCCUGGAGCCCACGAGUAUCCCCCCCACCCCUGAUAACCGCCAAUGAUUUUAAGGACUGAUGCCAGGCUUUCGACUUGACUGAUCACCCACCUCAGGCCGUUGUCUUUAAUGUACUUCAACCAGAUCUGCUAGAGAAUCCUUAAAGUAUUCCAUGGUCCUGGUUAAUUUUCAGUUACCUGUAAUCGGGAGUAAUUUCACUAGCAAGUCUGAUUCUCAGACAUGUUUAAACUAUGCUGGCCAUUAGAGAAUCCUAUUAUUGUAGCAAUGGAUUUAUCCUUGUGAAAGAUGAUCAGAUACGGACAGUCAUCGAUUCAUUCUUCAGCCAGAAAACACUCGACAGCUGGAGUUCUGCACCUUUGGAAAAGGAUGGAAAUGUUCAUGGAAAUUUGAAAAUUAAGUGUAACGUGCGGUUUACAGCUUCAAAUCUGCCAGGAGAUAGCCACUCUGCCAAUCAAAGGAGUAAAUAGUGCAAUAUUAGGGUACCUGUGUCUCUUGUGCAGUAAAUCUGUCAGCAGUGUUUUGAGGCCUUUUAUUUUUUAUGGUUACAAAAACAAAACUUUUCCUGUGGAAAUAAUUAAUGAGAACGGCCUCAUUCUGUAACCAUGGCAAUACAUUUGUGACUUAUACACAGAACAUUUCAAUGAACAAUCCAGUUGUGUGUCAGCCAGUCUGUUUUUAGAUUGAUUUUGCUUUUGGGGGGGGGGGGGGGGGGAACAAAAACACAGGAACACCCUGUACAAGCAAGGCCAGAUGUAACUUAUUUUACUAUUGAGAAUUUAUUAAUAAAGAU